AUGAGCGAAAAAAAUGAUAAUGUUAAUUUGGACGAUAACGAAGAAAAUAAAAAUGAAUCAUCAGAUGAAAUUAAUUUAACUGAUCUUCCAUUGGAGAUAUUCUUGUAUAUUUGUUCAUUCUUGGAUGCUUCAACAUUAGUUCAUCGAUUGAGCCUAGUUUGCAAACAAUUUUGGUAUAUUCUAAAAGAAGAUUCUAUGUGGAAAAGAAAAAUCCACAAUGUCUGGCCCAACUCACGAUAUCCAAUUCUGCCUCCUGAUAGAGAUGAAGAAUUAUUUUGGAAAUUGGCUUGCGUUGCAGUCGAACGUCAAGCAUAUUUAUGGAGAAAUAUGGAAAAUAUUAAAAGUUUUCCUUUAGAGGAAGGACACUAUGGUUGUGUUGAUGGACUUUUACUGAUGAACGAAGGAAGACUUUGCAUAUCAGGUGGACGUGACAGAUUAUUAGUAUGCUGGAAACUAGAUACAUACGUAGAUAAACAAAAGAUUCAAACAUAUACGGGAUUUGGUCAUGAUGGCUGGAUACGAGAUAUUACAUCAUUGCAUGGCAAAAUUUACAGUUGUAGUUGGGAUCAACGAAUUCACGUAUGGAGUGUAGAAAACACUGGAAUCGAACCUAUACAUCGAAUGGCAUUGUAUAGAGACAGCACGAGCGCUUUAUUAUGCAUUACUUCAAAUGAACAGACUAAUUUAAUUGCCACUGGAUCAUAUUGCAAAACAAUUUCAGUAUUAGAUCCACGAUUAUCAGAUCCACUUGUUGCACGAUAUCAGCCACAUCAAAGAGCUGUAUUAAAAAUUACUAUGAAUUCACAGUAUAUCAUUUCAGGAAGUGAAGAUAGAACUGUAUCAAUUUGGGACCAACGAUCUCAACGAACUCUUGAGUCGAUCACGGUAUCAACUGAUUCAUUUCCAAUGAGUCUCUGUAUGUACAGAAGAUCAGUUUUUAUUGGUGAUAGUGGUGCUUAUAUUCAUGUUCUGGACACUGAUAAUUACAAAAUAGUUAAACAAUACAAGACUGAACAUACGAAAGGAAUAACAGGAAUAUACGCUUCUUUAGGUUCUAUAAUAACUAGUUCAUUAGAUUCAACUGUACGAAUUUCAAGUCCAACUGAUCCACCAAAACAAUUUACCAUUCUGAAAAGUCCACACGGGGACAUAGCUGGAAUGGACUACUUAAAUGAUGUGCUUGCUGUAUGUGGUGACAGUGCACUACAGAUAUGGAGACCGAAGUGCAAUACAUAUAAUAUAUUAUGAUGAUGACUUGUUUCAAUAAUUACGAUGUUUUAUCGAAAUUAUUCAUUUGAUCUAUUUUUAAUGAAAUUUUACACGUGUAUUUUUUUCUAAUAAACUGAUCGAUAAUUUGCUUGCAAGUUAUA